AUGCGUCCGCGAGGUCUUUCGAAUGCGUUGACAGUCGUCGCGGCUGGAUCUAUCAUAACAGCAGCAACGCCAACACAUAAACACCACAACCACGCGAAUCACUUUGAGCGUCGCGUUCCUACCAAAGUUCAAACCGUUGACGUGCCAGGCCCUACUAUCAUAGCAUACGAAUUCAAUGGCAGACCCAUCAGCGAAGAUGAAGUCUGCAAGGGCAUCAAAGAUGGUUCACUAAGAUGGACUGACAAGACCGCAAGUCCGCCAGAAUGCUCGAUCAAUGCGGCGUCUACAUUACAGUCUCACUAUCCCACGAUCACGUUGACGACUUCAUUGAGCCCCGAGAGCAAGCCGGCUCUCUUGGCGACACAGGCAAGUCCCGUAAUCGCGCAGAAGGACGCCGACAAUUUAGAAGUGUCCCAGACUACCUCUGCUCUAGUGUCUUCCAAAUCAUCGUCUUCGUCCGUCAAGUCUCAAAGUCAGCCUAGUGCAUCACCCUCUUAUAGCAAUCUCAAUGGUCAGGGUCUCGAAAAGGACUUUCCAGAUGGUUCCGUGGAUUGUUCUGACUUUCCUUCCGAUUACGGUGCUAUAAGCGUUGACUGGGCGCAUCUUGGUGGUUGGACAGGUAUUCAGUAUGUGACAAUUAAGGGAGAGAGCAUCACCCAUAUUGAUACCGCUGUUCCGGGAGAUGAAGGCUGCAAAUCUGGGGCUAUGUGCUCCUAUGCGUGCCCCCCUGGCUACCAAAAAUCACAAUGGCCGUCGGCGCAGGGAACAGUGGGCCAAUCUGUUGGUGGCCUACGCUGUGAUGACAACAAUAAAUUGAGACUGACCAAUGCCAACCUAUCCAAGAAGUUGUGUAUCCAAGGCACGGGAGCCACAAUGGUAGAGAACAAGCUUUCAAACAACGCAGCCAUCUGUCGCACGGACUAUCCCGGUAGAUCUAUUCAUUCCCUUUCAUUGGAUGUGAAAAUUGAUCGCACUGAAAAUGAAGUCGUUCCUCUUGACACGAGUCCUCAAACCACAAGCCCGCUGACUUGCCCUGAUGCUAACACGUAUUUCAAACACGAUGGCAGCCAGACUACGGCCCAAUACUACAUCAACAACCAAGGUGUCCCUCUCCAGAAAGCCUGCAUCUGGGGUUCCGACGGUACAAAUAUGGGAAAUUGGGCGCCAUCUUUCCUUGGUGUCGGACAAGAUAUCUAUGGCAAGACUUUCCUCUCAAUUGCUUCCACUGCCGACAAUAAACCGAGCAACUACAAGCCGCUCAAUUAUAGUGUUGAGAUUGUAGGCGAUACCUCUGGAAAAUGCAAGCUAAGGGCCGGGAAGUACUGUUCAGGCACAAGUUACGAGAAUUGCAAUGACAAGGGAUGCACUGUAAGAUACCUCAUGUUUGUUUUUACGCAUUCCUAA